UGCAGGGAUGACCAGAGACUGCGGACACAUGCAGGGGAUGACCAGAGACUGCGGACAACAGAAAAGGGAUGACCAGGACUGCGACACAGUGCAGGGAUACCAAAACUGGGGGAACAUGGGGGGAAUGACCAAACGGGGGAACAGUCAGGAAAGACCAAAGAACUGGGGUCCCAGAAACACCGAUCAUUCACAAAGCGUACAGCCACAUGCAAAGCCAGCUCGGGAAAGACUGUGAAGCGCUGGAGCGAGGAACAGGUAAGGCCCUGCAUGAAGACAACAG